AUGGAGGAUAAUGUAUUAAUGUCAAACGCAACAGAGGCGAAGAAAACAAGAAGCAGCCGAGGUCGUCAACGAAAUGAAAUCAAGAAACUGGAAGACGAAAGCAAACGUCAAGUCACUUUCUUCAAACGUAGAAGAGGGUUGUUCAAUAAAGCUAAAGAGCUUUCCACAUUGUGCGGGGUAGAAGUUGUUCUUGAUCGAUAUCUAGCCGAGUCAUCUAGUCAGGGUAAUUAUUCAUGGAUAAAGCAGAAAGAAGUUAAAGAAGAUAUUAGUGGUGGGUUUUGGUUGGAUCAGUCGAUUGAGAACAUGGGUCUGGUGGAACUGCUGGAAUAUGCGAUGACGCUUAAUGACUUGAGAAAAAACGCAGAGGCUAGAGUGGAGGAGCUGAGCAUUCAAAAAUCUACUUAUUUAUGGCAAUAUGUUGCUGAUCAGGAAUUGAACAAGGACCUAGAUUUCUGA